AUGCGCGAUGGGUCGUGGACCGGGGCUAUCUUGGGGCGGCUAAACUUAGUGGUGCGUGCGGGCCAGAUGGUAAAAUUAGUGUUCAGUUUUCGAGACGCCGUCUGCUUGCUACUCAUGACGACACGGCCGCCCAUUCACAGCACGCCAGCCACGGCGACGGGCGCUCAGCCAUCUUGGCUCAAUGGGGAACAAAGCCAAAAUCACGUAGGUGUCAAGUACCAGGAGAACAUGACCGGCGGAAAGUCUAAAAUUCGACGAUUGGCAGAGCUGUGCACCGCCGAGCCAACUCGGCCGUGGUUCGCGUAUCGA